GGAAGUCACGUGCACAACUCAAACAGCCCAGCACAGCAGCACACAAUAUACCGAAGACAACAACAACGCACAGACCCAAACCAGAGAGACCAACAAACACCAUACAAAUUAAAUUAAAUCAAAUUAUAUUUAGCUACAUUCCAUUUCUCAAGCAAGUUUUGCUGAUAAGAAUGGUGAUAUCCACAGUGUUGUUGGGACUCAACAAAGUGUUCUUUUGGGAAGCUUUGGUGCAGAGUUUAUGUGCAUCUCUACAAGCUGUUGUUGUUUUGACGAGGAGCCUGCUUUUUUUAUUGCCUUCCCUUCUUUCUUCUUUUUAAGGCCACUGCUGCUGCAACUCCCUUCCUUUUGUUUUUUCGAGUUUUUACCACAUGCCAGAAGCUGGAUUGGCUGUUGUGAAACCUGAGAUGAAGUCUUACAUUUGGCUCCAAACUGCUGAUGGUUCAGUCCAACAAGUAGAAGAAGAGGUUGCUAUGUUUUGCCCCAUGAUAUGCCGAGAAAUUAUUCAAGCUGGCAUGGGAUCAUCCAAGAACCAUGCCAUAUCACUUCCACAACGGCUGAAUCCUGCCAUUUUGGGCUUAAUUCUUGAUUACUGCCGGUUUCAUCAAGUACCAGGUCACUCUAACAAGGAGCGAAAAACUUUUGAUGAAAAGUUCAUUCGGAUGGAUACAAAAAGAUUAUGUGAGUUGACAUCAGCUGCUGACAGCCUCCAGUUGAAACCUUUGGUUGAUCUUACCAGUCGUGCGCUUGCUCGAAUUAUUGAAGGGAAAACUCCUGAGGAGAUUCGUGAAACAUUUCAUUUGCCUGAUGAUCUCACAGAGGAAGAAAAAUUGGAGCCACUUGGAAACAUAACUGAUGAUCCGCGAAUCCGGCUUCUAAAUCGUUUAUAUGCAAGAAAGCGGAGAGAGUUAAGAGAGAGAGAGAAAUUGAAGAAUGUUGAUGUUGAGGAUGAGCGUUCGGAUAACCGCUCAGUUGAGGAUCUCCUAUCAUUUAUAAAUGGUGAAGAUGGAGAUUCAAAGGGGGGUAGAAAUAGUAAGAAUAAAAAGAAAAACCGGAGAAGAAAAGAACAAGCAAAGGACUCCUCUUCAAACAAUCCAAAUGAAAACCAAAAGAAGGAGUCGGACACGCUCCCUUCUGUUUCCCUUAAUGAUGAGGUUAACGAUAUUUUGGCUGCCUCUCCCAGUAAAACUUCAAAUUUUCAAGGUUGUUCUGCUGUCACCUUUUCACCUAAGCUUGAUUUUGAUGACGCUGAUAUUGAUGAUGAUUUAGAUCCUGCAAUGAAGGAGGAACUUGACAGGGAAGUUGAGGACUUUGCUCGCAGAUUAAAUUCUGAUUGGCCAGAAAGGAUGCAGGAAAUAUUGUCUUUGGACCAAAAAAAAAGGCCUGUACCAUUAUCUAUGAACGGCAAUGGAACAUCACGUAGAUAUUCAGAUAUCAUUUAAGAUGCUUUCGAUUUCUGAAGAAGACAUGAAAAUGGGGAGCUAAUGCUCUCAUCUGCUGACACAUGUUGGAGUUACAUGAAAUCCCUUGCCCUUGUGGGAUAUAUUCGAAAAACUUAUUGAUUAUCAAAGACUUGUAUUAUUCAAAGUAGAAUUAUCUGGGGUGUCAAAUGUCUCAGAGUAUACAAUGUUUUAUGUCUAGUUAAAGAAAUAAAGAUAUAAAAUAAAUGUUUUUGAAAUAAUUUUAAUAGAAGAAAAUCCUUUCCGGUAAAUGACAAUAUAUAAUUUAGCACUCCUUCAUAUGAAUCAUUUCAACUUGAUAUGCAAGUGAAUUUUUUACCCAUGAUGUCACACUGACAUACAGCACAUGAAGCAGCAGAAAAUAAGAUUUUAAUUUUCUUUUUUUACUCCAUUUGAUAUAUUGAACUACGAAACAAAAAGAAGGCAAUUUAAUCCUUGACCUUCAAUCCAGUGUAGUACUUCUUGAAGGCUCCAGGGAUGCAAACAAGCACCAAAAGGCCAGGUUAGCCACAGCAAGAGCUCUACCAAUGUGGAGCCUCCUAGUAGAUUCUCCGUAAUCCUGCUCCACCUUUGUGAUCUCAUUCCUCAACCAAUCCACAAGUGUGAAAAUCCUCCUUGAAUUACAAAACACAGGCACAAAAACACGUAUUGGGAUCGAAAACCUAUCUGAAAAUGCCACUCCUUCCAUGAAAACCUGAGCUGCUGGUGCUGCAGCUUUGAUUCCUUCUUUAUCUCCCUCGAAAAUGCCUUCAAAGAUGUAAGCUAGGGGGAGAAAGAGUCCAACAAUAGCACCAACAAACACGUAUAGGCCGAGAAUCUUGGUUUUUGGGUAAAAAACUAGAGACUCUCUUGGAGGGUUGAUAGUGGUGGGGAAUGCAACUUUGGAGAAAAAAAUGCAUUUAAAUAAUGGAAAAGGCAACAAAAGCAAAGUCUUGAGGGCUUACCAUGCCACAAAACCAGCUUUCUUUGAAGAGGUAGUGCUUUUAGGGUUUUUCAACGAAGACAGGUCUUCUUGGAGUUUCUGUUCUUGUUCUCUUUCAUUUGGAAGGCUUAUGUCACUACAUGAAGGGCCAACACCACCUGACAUUUUGCUCUAGUUUUUCUUUGGCUAAUUUUUGAGUGAACUAAGUUAUGUACAGCGAAAAGAGGAAAGGAAAUGGAGAUACGAACUCCAGUAGUGAAAUUUAAGAGGAGAGAGAGAGAUGGGAGAUAUGAUCAAGAAGAAAGGUGUGAGGCAAGGAGAGUGUACAAGUGGCAGUUUGUGAGGAGUUUAAGGUGGAGAACUACUUGGCUCGUGUUAGUGUGGAAAUCGUGAGCAUGGUUUUCAUCUUCUUGGUCGAAGUGUUUGCAAAUUUUAAGGCUUUAGAUUUGCGCCUUGUCACUGUUUCAGCUCUUGGUUCUUACCGAUGCAAAAAGCUAGGUUUCGGUGCUUAAUUGCCAGUGUUUCCUUUUCUGUAGUGGUGGUGCUACAGGCAAUGCGAUUAACAAAUGUAAUAGCUGAAGCUCAGCUAUGGGUGAUCUUAAAUCCCGCCAUGUCAACGAAAAUUCUUUUAAGAAAUUCGGUGAACUUUAGCUAAGCUCAGGGGAACCGAACUAUCUUUUUUGAUAAAAAGGAAUGAAAUUUUUAAUAUUUAAUUUCA